AUGGAUAUGGAGCGGGGAGGCUCCGCCGGCGAGCACGAGGCGGAGCAUGGUGGCGAGAAGGAGGAGGAGGUAUGGCGGAGCCGAAAUAUAUAUAUUUCUUCUCCUCCCAUGGUGACUAUCGUCCUCGAACUUUGUAACUGUCCCCUCCGGGUUUGGCUUCUUGUGGUGGCAAUUCUUUCCAUUUCUUUUCUCUCUCACUUGUCAAUCGAGAGGCGGAGAUGAAUCUCUUGACAGUUUGACGAUGACUCCCGCCUUACUGGCCAAUUUUUCAACCCAUUGUCGAGACAUUUUGCGUCUCCUUCGUCUCUCUGAGGCCACUCUUUCAGUAGGCCUCCGGAUUCUGGUUCUGAAAAUCUUCAUCACAUAAUCUUGUCCAGGGCCGGUGGCACGGUGUCUUCAACGAUUGUGUGCUCGCUUACAAGACCCUUGGGAUCGUCUUUGGUGGGCUUGUGACCUCUCCGCUCUACGUCUAUCCAUCCAUGAACUUGAAUUCCCCAACGAAGGAUGAUUAUCUGGCGAUUUACAGCAUAAUGUUUUGGACUCUCACCUUGAUCGGGGUCAUCAAGUAUGUCUGCAUCGCACUCAGUGCAGACGAUCAUGGUGAAGGUAAAUAGGGGCGUUUAUUUCUCUGCAUGUAGAAUGCGUUACUGUCUCUGGUUUUUUCUUUUUUCCUUUUAGUUUUUGGGACAAUUUUAGCUUGAAAUAGGGAUGCUCGGAUCAAAUGCAAUGUUCCUUUGGAACUUAGUUUUUUUUCUUGUUGGUUUUAUGAGUCUGUUUUUUAGUUCUUGGCUCUCUUCCAUUGAAACUACUACUAACUGCUUUACCAACUCAUCCAGGAUUUUAAAUAUAAAUACGAAAUACUUGGUUUUUGAUCCUGUCAAGAUUACUGGAACAGGCUUCUGCAUGUUUGAGCACGGGUUUUUGGGUAUCUUGCCAGCCAUUCCCAUGUGAAAUUCAGGCACUGAAGCUUUUUUGUGGUCAUUGCCUGAUACUUUUGACCAUUGUCUGAUUAUUCUUGCCUUCAUCGCUUCUCUGAACUAGAAUUGUAGAUUUUUGUCACAUCCUUGGUCUGUGGGCCAUUAUAUCCCUGAGAAAUAGAAACCACAGCCUUGGUGAUCAGCUUCCUCUUAAGGAAAAAAUGCAUCAAUUGUUGGUAUGUCGCUGUUCGAAGCAUCUAAGGGUUUUGGUAGGACGGCUUUGAUUUUGAUAGUGGGAAUUCGAAUUGAUGCCAUUUUUAAGUAUAUUACAAAGCCCGUAAUAAAAUGUCCCCAAGAACUUUUUAUGUUAUAAUCCUGGAAUUCUCGAGAAAUAGAAAGAAUAAUUAAACUUUGUAAAAUAUUUUCAAACAGCUUAUUUAGAAGGUUUUCUGGCCCUCUGCGCUGCGGCACAUAUGGGAACGACCUGAAUUUUUUUUCCCUCAAGAAUAUACUCUGUCAAUUUUAAUCAGAUCCUUCACGAGGCACUCAACCACUGUGAGCCUACAUGAGCCAAUAAACCAGGUUUCAUCGCCUCAAACAAGAACAGAUAGUUUGUUUCUAUUAGCCAUGGUACUAGAACGGCCAGUUUCUUUCAAUAUUCUGCAGUACGAGGAUUGGCCAAUUUCUUUUUAUUUUAUCCCUUUAGUGUAAAAAACCGACCAGCCAGGUGCUUUCUCUUGGUCAAAAAUGGCAGACCCAUUCCAGACCAACAAGAUGAUCUGAUUAGACAGAAAUUCAGCACUUAGUGUCAAAUGAGACCAUCUUUUCCUUGACCUAAAUGGAGAGUUGAUGCCGAGAAUCAUGACUGUCAAGCUUGUAUCUCUCUUUAUAUACCAGAUGAUAUGCAUCCAGGAGCCGAAAUAUGAGGAUAAGGUCCUGUAACAGUAAAACGUUGAUGCAAAUAUGAGGAGGCAGAUCUUUGGAUGCAGUUUACUUAAAAUAUAAUGUAUGAUCGACGCAUAGACAACUGAGAAAUGAAUAAAUCAGGCACUCUGUCCUAUAGCAAUGACUGUGGAGGAAGAGUAUUUAUAGCAAUGUUGUUAGCCUGUUUCCUCUUUCUUUUCUGAUGAGUCCAGUUCCUCGAUUUCAUCGAGAGCUUAUCAUCUGUCUCGCUCAGUAAGAUUGGGGAAAAACAACCAGCUGGAGUAUUGAUGACACUUAAUAAAAUAAUUAAUUAGUAUCCUUUCUAAGCACAACAACCUAAAGUUUUGAGGAUUCAGAUCAUGAAGCAAUUGUGGAUGAAACAUGAACGCCGUGUGAUUACUGAAGAAUGGUUUUUAAAGUGGUACCACCCUGAAAUGAAAGGACCCGAAAUUCGAAAAUCAUACUAACUCUGACUUUUGAUUCCUCUCCUUAAUUGCCAGAUUAUCCCAGAAGAUGUGUCCACUUACAUGUUGUUCUGUUCUCCAUGCUCUUUCAGGAAGAUCUUCAGUUUCUGAGCAACCAUCUAAAUAAUUCAAACAUUAAAGUGAGCUUUUAAUUUUUUUUUUCUCCUCGAGCCCAUUUGUUCUUUCACAUUAUGGUCUCUCUCUCAGGAACUCAAAUCUGCUUCAUGAGAUUGAUCAUAUUUCUCCACUCAUUUCUUUUGGAUCCAUUUUUGGUGAUGCUCGAAGCUGCAUUUCCCCAUUUCCACAUGAAAUGAUGAAUCCCAUGUGAUCAGUGGUGACGCAGCCCACUUCGUUUUCUUUCUAUGAGAAGCAUCUUCGUUAGCAGCAACAGUGUGUGUUUGACACAAGAUGGGCGGCAUGUCGUCUUGCAGGAGGAACUUUCGCCUUGUAUUCACUUCUGUGUCGGCAUGCCGACGUUGGGAUCCUUCCCUCAAGAGAAGGCGACGUGAUGAGAAGCGUCUCGAGCAGCUCGAGCAUCGAAAAACCCAGCAAAGUCGGCAAGUUCUUUGAGCAAAGCUUGAUUGCUCGCCGACUACUGCUAUUCGUGGCAAUAUCAGGCGUUUGCAUGCUGAUCGGCGAUGGGAUACUCACGCCUGCUAUUUCGGGUUCGUAUCGCUCAAACCAUUGUUUCUGCCCAUGAUAAUAUCAUCCUCCGCUAGAUUCUCACGUGUCCCAUGAAUGGUUCAGUUCUAUCGGCGAUGGAUGGCUUGAGGGGUCCCCUUCCUUCCGUCAGUAAGUGUAAGCGUUCUUGUCAAGUAGGCUGAUUUCCUCUCAGAAGCCCAACACCUUGCAGCAUUCUCAUCGGAAGUUCUCCGUUUCGCAGCCAUUGUGGAGGCGCUUUCUGCAGUCAUCCUGGUGCUCCUGUUCAUGCUACAGAAGCACGGGACUUCCCGUGUCAGCUUCCUCUUCUCACCGAUCAUGGCGGCCUGGACCUUCACCACUCCCCUCAUCGGCGUCUAUUCUAUCGUGCACUACGAGCCGACCGUGUUCAGAGCCCUGUCGCCGCAUUACAUCGUCCUUUUCUUCCGCGCAAACGGCAAGGCCGGCUGGCAGCUGCUCAGCGGCGCAGUUCUCUGCAUCACAGGUCCUUUUUUUUCUUUUUUAUUUGAGAAAAACAUAGAUAUGAAGUAGACCCACUAAAUCUUCUGAUUAAAUAUGAUAUUUCAAAGUCAUUUCACGAUUAAUUCAUCAUGAAAAAAUGAUUAGAAGUAAUAUUCCCAGCCAUUUCUUCUCUUCUUUCAGGCGCGGAGGCCAUGUUCGCGGAUCUCGGCCACUUCAACAAGAGAUCGAUCCAGGUUGAUCAUGGAACCCAACCCCUCGCUGCCGAUCAAUCAGAUCCUUCAUUCGUCUGAAAGUUUCUGUUUUUCUCCCUGCAGAUGGCCUUCCUCUUCGCCAUAUACCCCUCUCUGGUGCUCACCUACGCCGGGCAGACUGCGUAUCUGAUCAACAAUCCGGGGAAUCACGGCGACGGAUUCUACAAGUUCGUGCCGAGGGCCGUCUACUGGCCCAUGUUCGUGGUGGCGACGCUCGCGGCCGUCGUCGCCAGCCAGUCGCUGAUAUCCGCCACCUUCUCCGUCAUCAAGCAGUCCGUCUCCCUGGACUACUUCCCCCGGGUGAAGGUGGUGCACACCUCCCCGAACAAGGAGGGCGAGGUCUACUCCCCCGAGGUCAACUACAUCCUCAUGGUCCUCUGCGUCGCCAUCAUCCUCACCUUCGGUGAUGGCCAGGACAUCGGGAACGCCUUCGGUAAACCCUAAAAAGAAAAGAAAAGCCAUCUUCUUCCUCCUACCUUCUCUUCUCUGGUUUUCUCCAUUCAUCGGGCCGUCCUCCUGCAGGGGUUGUGGUGAUAAUGGUGAUGGUGAUCACGACGAUACUGCUGACCCUGGUGAUGCUCAUCGUGUGGAGGACCCCUCUCCCCCUGGUGGUUCUCUUCUUCGCCAUCUUCUCCUCCCUGGAGGCGGCCUACGUGAGCGCCGUCUUCACCAAGAUCCCCGAGGGCGGGUGGCUCCCCUUCUCCAUCUCCGUCAUCCUCGCCUUCAUCAUGUUCGGCUGGUACACCGGCCGCCAGAGGAAGAUGCAGUACGAGAUGAGGAACAAGAUCACCGCCGCCGACCUGGCGGCGCUGCUCUCGUCGGAGCCCCACAUCCAGCGCGUCCCCGGCAUCUGCUUCUUCUACAGCAACAUCCAGGACGGCCUCACCCCUGUUCUCGGGCACUACAUCAAGAACACCCGCUCCCUCCACCAGGUCACCAUCUUCACCACCCUACGCUACUCCCUGGCGGCGAAGGUCCCGCAGAGCGAGAGGGUCGCCAUACGGCCGCUGGGCCCGCCGGGGACUUACAGCUGCAUCAUCCAGUUCGGCUACGCCGAUCCGGGCCUGGAGGGCGGCGAGCUGGUGGCGCGGGUCGUUGACAAGCUCCUGCGGGACCUGCCCAAGGCGGCGGCGCCGCCGGUGGAGGCGGCGAUGCAGGCCGGCGUCGUGCACGUCCGCGGGAAGACGAGGUUCUACGUCGGCAAGGGCACCAGCCUCUACGACCGGAUCAUGUUAGGGUUCUACGAGUUCCUCCACAGCAACUGCAGGUCUGCUCUGCCGGCGAGGGGGGUUCCCCUUCAGCAGAGGAUGGAGGUCGGCAUGCUCUACGAGGCUUGA